CACACUCAUCCCUAACACCAACAUCGCAGUUUGUUACGUGAAAAUUUUCAACGCUAGUUUUUGUUAUUUAAAAGUGAUUUAAUAUAAUUUUCAAUUCAUGAAAGUGUCUUUAACUGAUUGUACAAAUGUAUUAACAAGAAAAGCGUUAUCCAUAGCAACUGCGUGUUUCUUCUAAGCAUUAAUUUGAUCAAUAGCCAGAUCGAGGAUUGGCACCUAGGGAAGAACGGCAAAGAUGGAUCAAUUAUUUCAAUCCUACCGGGAUGAUGAGCGGCGUAUUGGUGAGGAGUAUCUGUCGAGUCUACAGGACUUGAACUGCAAUAGCAAACCGCUCAUCAACAUGCUCACAAUGCUGGCUGAGGAGAACAUCAACUAUGCCCACGUCAUAGUCCGCGUGGUGGAAUACUACAUCAGCCAGGUGCCGCCCGAGUUUAAAUUGCCCAUACUAUAUUUAAUUGAUUCGAUAAUUAAGAAUGUGAAAAGCAGCUACGUACAGUUGUUUGCGCAAUGUAUAGUCAACAUAUUCCUCAACGCGUUUGAAUCGGUCCAGCAUUCCCAGUCGCAGUUGCUGGAGAAGGUGCGCGAACGAAUGUACGCCCUGCGACAGACCUGGAACGAGGUAUUUCCGCCCUCAAAGAUGUAUGCCCUAGACGUGAAGGUGAAGCGUCUGGAUAAUAACUGGCCCAUUACGGCCAAGAAUCCCACUAACAAAAUACAUGUUAAUCCCGCCAUUCAUGUUAAUCCGGACUUUCUGAAAACGGGUAUGGUCCCUGGGAUGCCAGCUGCUACAGUUGCCACACUGUCCAGCGACAUGGAGGAGAUCCUUCAGGCCAAGACCCGCGAGCUUCUGGAGCUCAAGAAGCGCAAACUGGAGCUUGAGCUGGAGCAAACCAAAAAGCAUUUAGAGGAGCAGGAGCGUCAGCUGAACCAGGCGACCGAUGCCAUUGCUGUCGCACCCAUUGUCGCUAUGCCAGCGCCACCUGCUGCUGUUGCUGCUCAACGUCCACCCAUUAUGGAUUCAGCUAUCCGAAGUUCUAGAACCCCUGGGAUUCCUGCGAUACCAAAUACGCCAGCUGCACAACAGCCAUUUGCCGCAAAGCCAAGGGUUACUCCGGUCAAUCCGGCUCUACUAAACUCUGUGCGACAUCGUGACCCCCGUUUGGCACGACAGAUGCAAUCACAGUCACCUCAUCAGGACGCUGCUUCCUCACGCUCGUCCGAUCCCCGUCUGGAAGGCAAAUCCUCAUCUUCACAGAAAUCUAGUCGAUCGCGCAGCAAGUCACCGUCACGCAACAGCAACAGUCGUUCGACCAAGAGCAACAAUGGCAACAGCUCCCAUCCAAACAGCUCAUCGAAUCGCAAACGCAGCGAGUCGAAGAGCUCAACAUCCUCUUCGGGCUCCGAUGUACGACACAAAAGCGGCGUUGGCGGUGGCAGCAGCUCCACACUAUCGCCUGGCAAACGUUCAUCUAAACAAUCCGCAAAGGAGCAUUCCGAGCGAUAUGACCGCAAUGGAUCACCGUCAAAUUCGAAGCGUAAGAGCACCUCUCCAACCUCCUCGCCAUCAAAGUCAAAGCGCAAUGCGUCACACAAAUCGUCAUCGUCCAUGCGAGGAAAGUCGUCUUCGACUCGAUCCCGCAGCCGUUCGCCGAUCUUCAUGGACGUGGACCUGCGCAGUGGUGGUCGAAAAUCUCCUGAACAGAAAUCUACCACUCCAGCGGCGGCAUCUCAAGUGGCAUCAGCACCAUCAUCAACAUCAGCAUUAGCACCGGCGGCGGCGGCGGUAGCGGCAAAAGUGACAGUCAUCACGAAUGAUUUAGAGAAACGCCCUCCAGCUCCUGCAGCUCCAAGUCCACCCAUUAUGGUGGCAUCCAGUAUGGACAUUGACUUGAGGCGGCCCCAGACGCCGCCUCCUCCAUCGUUCUCCAGCGCCAGCACCAGCAACACCAACACGACUACCCCAUUCACAUCCAAAUCCAACAGCAACAGCAUCAGCAUCAGCAGCACAACAAAAAUUGCUAGUAGCGCCUCCAACGCAUCAUCGCCAUCAUCUACUAGUACUACGUCUUCUUCAAAAUUGCCCGCAAAAGUGUCGUUCAAAAUACAAAAACAGUUUAAUAAAUUAGAUAAAUCUACAGCGAAUUUAUCAACAGCAUUACUGCUAAGCCCAUCUACAUCAGCCGCCGCAUCUGCACCGCUGGUCAAUCAGGGUAAUGUAUCGGAGGCACUGCAGAAAUCCAUCAGCAAGUUGCUGCAGGUCCAAGGUGCCACCGGGGAGAAGCGUCCCGCAGAUUCGAUGCCCCCAGAGAUCGACGAGGAGGGACAGCCGCCGCAGCAGAAACGCAGCAAGUCAACUAAACUGGACGCUCUCUUUGGCAGUGAGGAUGUUGAUCUGCGGCGCGAGAUUCCCGCUGUGGUAAAGCCUGGAAGUGUUAACGCAGUCAUCGUCGUGGAAGAUGACUCAAUGGACAACUGCGACGUGGAAAAGCCAACAUUCAGUGAGCUGCGCGCCAAGCUAGCUAAAUCUGCCCGUCAUCAGAAGCCAUCCGGGAAGGCCGACAAAGCCAGAGAUCAGUCUGUGGUGCAGCGCAUCAAGCAGCUGGCCGAGCUUAAGGCCAACGAUGAUUCGCAGGAGGCGCACGACGAGAAGAUGCGCACGAUCCUCAGCCAGGCGCAUGAGAUGUUCGAGAACCACAAUAUGAACGAGGACCAGUACAAGGACCUCGUACAGAAGGUUGUGGCCAUUAACGAGAACAGCAAGCUGAACAGCAAGGAGUCCCGGCGCCGUCCCGAUGGUGCCGAAGUGGAGCGCAAUGCAGCCCGAGAUGCUGUUCUACGCAAGCGGAUACCGAAGCUUAAGAGCAACGAGAAUCUUGCCACUGGCUCCCCACGCAGCGAUGGUUCUCCCAGAUACGAGGAUCAGGCAACGCAGGGAUCGACGUCACCCGGGAAGCCGCCGCAAAACAAACGGGAGAAGUCCAAGCGAGAGAACAAGAGACGAAAGCCCAGCAAAUGGGGUGAACAGGUGGAUCCGGCGGCUGCUCAAAGAGCCGCCUGGCAGCUGGCCAAUGUCAAUAACAACAACAACAAUAACAACAACAAGAGAGGUGGUGGUUCGAUGCCUGUUGUGCCAGCCGGGUUCCGUGGAAUGCCCUGGCAACAGCCGCCAGCGAUUGUGAUGCCUCAAACUGUCGUACCGCCACCCCCGCAGCCACCCUCGAUGUUGGGUCUGCCACCAGUGCCGCCCGUAACAAUGACCAAGGCCAUCAACUCACUGGACAACCCCAUGGCGGAUGUGGUGCGCAGCAUUACCAUUGAUGGCGGGUCGAAGGAGAUUCGGUUCUACAACCAGGUGGCCAUCAUCUUUAUGGAUGGCGACGAGCCGCACGAGAUUGGCUUCCAGCAUGGCCAGCGCGUGAUCCUGAUCGACCACAACGAGCCACUGCCGCUGAGCUUCAACGACGACUACAAGCCGAUCCAGCUGGAUGGCGCCCUGCAUCGCAUUCGCUUUGGCUUCCCCUCCCGCGAGCUCUACAUCGACGAUCAUUGGUAUGAGAUUUACUUUGGAGGACCGCCAGUCUCUCUGCCCAUUGGCAACAGCCUGCACGUGCUCAAGGCGGAGGGUCCUCCGCCCAAUGUGGACAUUGGCAGGGUGCGUCGCGACCUGGUGGUUGGCAAAAUAAACAUGAUUGUGGACGCGCACACCAUUGUGCCUCUCUUCCUGGAUGCCAGACAGCAGACCUUCCAGCUAGGAGCCGAACAGCAUUCCAUUCAGUUUGUGGAUAGCUUCCAGUACGCUCUCCUCGAUGGCCAGCUCCAGAAGAUCGAAUAUGGCGGCCUGCCCAAGGGCAUGAAGCUUAAUGGCGGACGCAGCUGCUUCAUUCGCUUCGGGACGCUGCCAAAAGGAGUUGUGGCCGGCAAGACGCACGUGGCUGAUAUGGUCUACAUCAAGACAGAAGCCCCCGCUGAGCCACCCCAGCCUCCACCGAUGAUUGUCCAGCCCCUGCCCGUGUUGGAGCAGCCAAAGGCAGCAGCACCAGCCGUCUCCCUGCCAGCUGCAUCCGCUGCUCUUGGCAAUCUGAAUAUCAAUGACUUGUUCCAAAAGCUAGUCUCGUCUGGAAUAAUUGGUGGCGCCGCCAACUCUUCUAUUCCGGGCAUAUCGGGUGCCGACUCAGGCUCCACCAAAGAAGCUCCUGCAGCUGCAGCUGCAGCUCCAGUGGAAGCCCAAAAAACAGCCGCCGCACCGGUGUACACCUCGCCGCCCACGGAGCCCAUUAAACGCAUCAAUCUGCAGAGGCCAGAGACUAUCAAGACCAGACAGUCGGCCGUGGUGGCCACGCUCUACCUGGGAAUGCAGUGCAGCAGCUGCGGUGUGCGUUUCCCGCCCGAGCAGACCAUCAAGUACAGCCAGCACCUUGACUGGCACUUCCGUCAGAACCGACGGGAGCGUGACUCGACCCGCAAGGCGAUCUCCCGGCGCUGGUACUAUGACCUGAACGACUGGCGGCAGUACGAAGAGAUCGAGGAUGCGGAAGAGCGUGAGAAGAACUUCCUGGAGACACAGGGCCAGUCGGGCGGACCCGAUGCAAUCGAUGAUCUCUCCCAGCAACGAUCGCUGGACUCGCCAGUGCCCACCUGCGCAGCCGGUAACGAUGAUGUGGACCGCUCGUGCGACAUGUGCCACGAGAAGUUCGAGCAGUUCUACAACGAGGAGCUGGAGGAAUGGCACCUGCGCAGUGCCAUUCGCGUCGAGGAUAAGAUCUACCAUCCAUUGUGCUACGAGGACUACAAGGCCUCGUUGAACCCUCCAGCACCAGCUAAGGCCGAGCAGACCGACGCCAAAGAUGUGGACAUGAACAACACGGACGACAAUGCAAUGGACACGAUACUUAAGCUGGAGGAUGAGGAUAAGUCAGAUGACACGAGCAAGCCGUCGCAGAACCUGUUCGAUGAUGACGAUGAUGAUGUCAUUGUGUUGCCCAACGAGGAGCCCAGCGUCACGGAAAUCGACGACGAUGAAGAUGAGUAUGUCCCGGCUAAUGUGACGCGUGCCGAAAUGGGUGUCGAGGCCGAGGACAAGGACAAGAUGGAUCAGAGCUCUGGCUGCGAGGAGGAUGGGGAGAAGCAGAAGAGCAGCCAGCAGCCACAGAAUGAAUCAGCCAACGAGUCCGAUGUGGAGAUCCAAGAGCCGAACAUUCCCUUCACCGAUCUGGACACGUAUGUGGAGAAGGAGAUGGAUGAGGAGACGCGCUUGGCCCUGCUGAAUGUAAAGAUCAAAGAGGAGCCCAAGGACGAGUACGAGGAGGAUGAAGACGAUGGCUUCGAAGAUGUGGGAACGGUAGUGCCACUGCUGCCGUUGCCCGAGGAUGAGAUAUCCAUCAAUAGCAGCGAAACACAAACCCAAACGAUUGGGUCCUCCCCAUCGCCGGCCACCGUGGAGCGACCAGCAUCGGUGGCCUCUCUCUCUCUUCCUGCCAACGACGAUGAGCUGGAGGCCGCCGACUCGGUGGCGACGGUGGCCAGCGCGGAAACAGAACUGAAUGGAGAGCCGCAAGAGUCGAUGCAUAACCUGAGCGCAGCGGGACCGGCACCGGCGUUACCUUUGGCUAGCUUAGUUAAUAGAAUAAAAAUAAAUAUCACUAAGAAUUCAAGUAGUAAUAGUCAUAAUAGUGCCUCCAACGCCUCAUCGACGCCGGCAGCAACAGCAGCAACGAUGGGAUCGGGAGCGGAUACGCAAGUCUCGGCAAUCAGUGUCAUUGGCGGAUCCGGAAACUGCAGUUCUGCGGAGACCUCGCAGCAGGUGAACGCAAUUCAAACCAUUUCCACCAUUCCAGUUCUCUGCGGCGGUAACACAUUCGUGCCCAAGAUUGCCACCAGUGCUCCAGCCAAUAUCAGCUCCAUCUCAGUCAUUGGCAGCAGCUACGGCAACAUCAGCAGCAGCAGCAACAGUCGCAGCACCAACACAAUAGCCACCACAAUGGCACCGAGUUCGGCAACAGUCUCGGCGGGGGUUGCCGUCGUUGCCCAGAAACCAGCAACACCUCCGCCUGCUGUGGAUGCCGAUCCGGAGCCGGUGGUUGAACUGAAGCCAGCGUUACGGAAUGUGACGCUCAAACGAACGAAAAAGGUGCAAAAUGGCACCGAAACCUCGGGUCUCUGCUCGAUCAUGUAACGCGGCAGAGAGAGAACACAGAUAUUCCUAUUUAAUUUUUUUGCAAUUAUUUUUACACGUUACUUAGUUUUAGCAAGAUAAUUAUGCAAACGUUCUCCAUCGCGGAGCGUUAUUUGUUCUUUGUAGGUACCCAUUACGCACUAGGGGCCGAGCGCUCCUCCCACCGGGAGCCUCUAGCCAAUACACAUUCGUCUUCAUCGUUCAUUACGGAAGCAAACCCUUGGCAAAAUUUAAUAAAAA